UGAACUCUUCUAUUCCACCGUUCCCACUCCCCAUCCCAAGUCCCAACUCUCCCAGUGAGUCAACAAACGCGCCAGCUCGCCCUUCUUGUUCCAUUCUUUUCUAUUGCUCUUCAUGCGAAGAGGCAAAGCCGCAAUCUUUUCAGAAUCAAAACCCAGAAAGAACGAACAAAGGGGAAACGACAAGCCCAAGACAAAGGGUAAAGGAACCUUCAACUUCGGUAUUUCGAAUUACUGCCAGUAAGUUAAGGUAUUUAAGCUCGCUCUCCCUGUUUCUCUUCUGGGUUUUGGAUAACUUGCGGGUUUUCUAUUGCUUCUAGCGCCAAAUUUCCCACCUUUGUGUCUGGCGAUUGUCUUGGCAUUCUAAAAUUGGAUAGUUUCUUUGUUUUUCGAGUUGUUCUGAAGACGAGUUUUUCUUUCGAGAGGUUUCUUCUGUAGAUAGUAUCCUCACCAAAAGGGGUAUAUACAGACUGCGUCCGAGUGCUUUUUAAUCGAUUCUCCUUCUGCUAUUGUAGCUCAAGAAUCUGGCAAUCCAGUUCGUAGUGGGGCCCUUCAGCUGACUUGUAAGCAAGGUGAGCACUCCAGGUUGCCCUAUGCUUUUUAUUUAAUGAAAAUGUGGUUUCAUCGGUUGUCCGGUUUUGAUUACUAAGCUUUGCUAUAUACUUGGAGUAUUGGUUAAGUUGAUGUUCUUGUUUACAGUAUUCUAAUAUGGGAAGUUUUGGCGUUUCUCUCGUAUUGUUUUCUCUUGAUUGAGGCUCGUAAGUGUAUUUGUUGUUGAGGGGAGUUUAACUUUUGUCUCGAAGCAACACCGUUGGUGACAGAUUCUGGGGUUCUGAGUUUCAUAUAGCCAUAUAAUCGACCCCAUGAUUCUGGUAUUCUGAAUGUCUUAUAAUUUUGCUAGUUUUUUUAUAUGCUUAUUCCUCUCUGUGUGAGAGAGUUGUGAGUUUGUUACCACUUCAAAUUGUCUUGGUUCUUACCUGAGUAGACUUGAAGGAGCUUCUUGGGUUACUCUGGUGAUAACAUUCUUCUCCUGUUAAGUGAUACCGGUAUGCGUUCUGCAGUCCUUAGUGGAGGUCUUUGUGAAAUGAUCUUUUAUUUUGAAAUGCAAGGAUAUGAAUUUGUUCUGAAUUCUCGACAGUGAAGCUCCAUGUGUCCUGACAUAGAAAACUGUUGGAUGAUUUGUGUGACACAGGGCCAUUUCCUACUGCACAUUCCCUCGGCAGAAGCAGGGCAGGGAAGAGAAGUGAACCACCUCUUGUUAAUUUUUAGGCAUAUGGAUCGAGUGCACGGGAAGGAUUUGGUGGACGAUAAAAGAGGCGAGUAUGUGCACAUAAGAGAUCCCGAGGACCCUGAACUGGAAAUAUUCGACAAGCCCCUUCCUUUUUGUGGCUGUGGAAUCGGAUGGUUUUCUUUCUUGCUUGGAUUUGUCUUCCCAUUGCUGUGGUACGCAUCAACAAUCCUCUACUUUGGGAGCUACUAUCACAAGGAUCCAAGGGAGAGAUCAGGUCUCGCUGCAUGCGCAAUAGCUGCUCUGGUAUGCACGAUAGCAGUGGCGAUAGCUUUACUAGUUAUUUUGUUGUGAAUCAAUGCUGGUAAAGAUCAAACCUUUCUCUCUGCAUUCACCUACUGGAAUACAAUGACGGUGACUGAAAAUGUGUUAGGUAGCUGUUGAUGGGAUUUAGAAUAGGACUGCUGGCUCUAUCCUACGUAUCAAGUUUACUGUACAUAACCUUGGAGGUUAUAGGGUUGGAGGAUGAUUGUGUAGCUGUUACUUACCCAUGUGAGGGAAUUGUGAGAAUUCUAAUUGACAGUCUGUUCGUUCUGUGUUUAACUGCAUGCUAUUGUCGUUUCACCUGACGCUAAUCUCGUGUAGUUUCUUCGGCAGUAAUGUUUAAACCGAAUGUCUUGCUGUUGUGAAGUAUUGUAAUAACUUCCCUUCUUCCUGUAGUGUUGUGGAUGAAAUGAGGAAAGCUGGCUAUUAGUAAUAGAGAAGGGAAUUAAUAUUUGUGAAGAUGUAUAUAUUUAACAGCUUGCUAGAUAACACAGAUUGAUCUUUCUUCUCAAUCCUUGAUUGUUUUAUAGAGAUUCUCAUUCCUGGUUACUUGAGCUAAAAGUGUUGGAAAUAAAUCACAAAUGAAGUUUUAAUAAAAAU